CCGCGCGCCCGCCCGGCCCCCGCGCGCCCCCGCGCCCGCGCGCCCCCGCGCCCGCCCGCCCGGCGCCGAUUUGAAAAGCCCGGCCGCGGCCCCGCGAGCGCGGCAGCCAAUCAGCGGCGCGCACUUUCCCGCGGCUUCGGGCGGCGGCGGCCGGCGGCGGCCCCGGGCGGGAGGCGACGCGGGGGCGGGGUCGGCGAGCGCGCGGAGAGCCUCGGCCUGGCCGCCUGCGCCGCCGCCCCCUCCCGCCGCCGGGCCCCUCCCGGCCGCCGCCGCCGCCGCACCGAGAGCGCCGCUGAGGAUGCGCCGCACAACAGUUUUUUAAGAAUAGAAGCAUCUGGGCUGAAUGGAAUUUAGCAUCAAAAAGAAUCCUCUUUCAGUUCAGAAAGUUGUAAAGUGUAUAAAGAUGAAGCAGACACCAGAAAUUCUUGGCAACAGUAAUGGAAAGACUCAGAGUUGUGAAGUGAAUCGCGAAUGUUCUGUUUUCCUUAGUAAAGCUCAGCUCUCUACCAGCCUGCAGGAGGGGGUCAUGCCGAAAUUUAAUGGCCACGACGCAAUGCCCUUUCUUCCGACCGAGAAACUGAAAGACCUGACGUCACGUGUGUUUAAUGGCGAGCCUGGUGCUCAUGAUGCUACGCUUCACUUUGAGUCCCAGGAGAUGAAAGGGAUCGGGACACCACCCGACACUACCCCUAUCAAAAAUGGCUCUCCAGAAAUUAAGCUGAAAAUCACCAAGACGUACAUGAACGGGAAACCUCUUUUUGAAUCUUCCAUUUGCGGAGAUGGUGCUGCUGCUGUGACCCUGUCAGAAGACGGUGGACAAAAGCCAAAGAGUAAAGCAAGGAGGAACCGGAAGAGAAGCAUAAAGUAUGACUCCUUCCUGGAGCAGGGCCUUGUGGAAGCUGCUCUGGUGUCUAAGGUCUCUGAUACCGCAGAUCCAAAGAUUCCAGUGAAGAAAGAACCUUGUCUAAAUUCUGCAAGAGAUAAGGACCAUCUGCUGAAAUAUGGAGUGGGUGACUUGGUGUGGUCGAAGGUGUCGGGCUACCCUUGGUGGCCGUGCAUGGUUUCUGUGGACCCACUCCUUCACAGCUACACCAAACUGAAAGGUCAGAAAAAGAGUGCACGUCAGUAUCACGUCCAGUUCUUUGGUGAUGCCCCAGAAAGAGCUUGGAUAUUUGAGAAGAGCCUUGUAGCUUUUGAAGGAGAAGGACAGUUUGAAAAAUUAUGCCAAGAAAGUGCCAAGCUGGCACCCACGAAAGCUGAGAAAAUCAAGCUGUUGAAACCUAUUUCAGGAAAAUUGAGGGCCCAGUGGGAAAUGGGCAUUGUUCAAGCAGAAGAGGCUGCAAGCAUGUCGGUAGAGGACCGGAAAGAGAGGUUUACCUUCAUCUACGUGGGGGACCAGCUCCGCCUCAACCCGCAUGUAGCUGUGCAGGCGGGCCUUGCCGUGGAGUCUCUUGGAGGAGGGCUGGACUCCUCGGGGGUGUGCGAGGAGGCUGUGGAGCACUGCAAGUCUCUGAGAGAAGAGGGCGUGUCCAUCAAGAGGAGACGGAGGGCCAAGCUGUCAAGUUCUACCGAGAACCACCAAAGUGACCCUGGGACGGUGAAGACCACUCCCCAAAAGAUGUCAGAGUUAGACCCCAAGAGAGGAGUGGGGUCUCCUCCUGGGAGGAAGAAGCCCACGGCCUCUACUCUGAGAAGCAGGAAGGGGGACGCUGCAGCCCAGUUUCUGGUCUUCUGUCAGAAGCACAGGGAUGAGGUGAUUGCCGAACACCCAGAUGCCUCAGGUGAGGAGAUUGAAGAGUUGCUGGAGUCCCAGUGGAACAUGCUCAAUGAGAAACAGAAAGCACGCUACAACACAAAGUUUGCUCUGGUGGCUUCUUCUCAGUCUGAAGAGGACUGUGGUAACUUGAAUGGGAAAAAAAGACACCACGUGAGGAGAACACAGGACCCUGCCGAUGACGCUGAAGUUGAGGACGUGCCUAGGAAACGCCUCAGGACCGAGAAGCACAGUCUUCGGAAGAGAGAGACGGUCGCUGACAGAAUGUCCAGGACAAGCUCUUGCAAGGCCAUGGAGGCGACUUCCUCCUUGAAGAGCCAGGCAGCAACGAAAAAUAUAUCUGAUGCAUGCAAACCCCUGAAGAAGCGAAAUCGGGCUUCCACAGCAGCCUCUUCAGCUCUUGGGUUUAGCAAAAGUUCGUCUCCUUCUGCCUCCUUAACUGAGAAUGAGCUUUUAUGGGAGCCCACAUCAGUCAAGUUGGAUUUGAACUCAGCUGCCCUGUACUGCACUUAGAAUGAUGUACUGCCCCACGAUGUCUGCUGCAGGUGGCGUAUCAUCGUACACACUAAGUGACAUUCCUAUCACAUCAUAUUAUGGAAGAUGUGUGAUAAUCUGUUUUUAUUGGUAUUAAUAAACACAUACAAUGAAGAAAACAGAUAACAAAUGUUAAGACCAAGGUAAGAUACCUACUCAAGGCCAUGUGACCAAUCACAUUCAUCUCAUACUAGAAACACAUUCAUGCUCCAGUGCGCAAUGUAGAGCUCAGUGACAGCAUGCCUUGCCGUCUGGGGCUGGCCUAGACCUGUGACAAGGACACUCUGACUGGGUCCAUCUUGCUAGAGUCCACUUUUCUCCUCUAGUUCGUAAUUUACUGGAUUCUUAUUGAGAAAUAUCAGCAUCUGUACCUUCAAAGACAAAGAACAAACAGCACACACUCAAAGGAGGCCUCGUCAGCUCUUUUCAUUGCCAAUGGAAUGUAUUCAGUACUGUAGAUAUUCAGCUAAUUUCCGACAUAAAAGACAGGAAGAGUUUUGAUUCUGUCUUUUUUUUUUUUACUAAACAGUUUUACUAUGACACUAAAAUAUAGUAAAUUUGUAGAAAAAAUACCAUUUCCAGUAUCAUUGUGAAUUAUUUAACUCGACUCAGUUGAGUUAGUGAUUGCUAUCGAGGGGUGCCGUAAUCAGGUGACUAACACCAACCUCCAUCAGUUGCUUUUGUAGAACCUCAGCAUCAUAAGCGUCUUGAUCCCGGCCGCCUCCUGGGCUUUGCUCAGGUGUGCGCAUGUUGCGUGGUGAAGGCCUCGCUUGCCCUUGAGCUCCUUGGAGUAGAGUGUGUGCCUGUCACAUUGCCAUGCCGGUGGCACGGGCUCCUCCCCAGCAGAUUCCAGAUGUGUUUUCCCCUUAAUGGAAGUUUCUGGCUAAUACUUGUGUUCUGAACCAGUAAGUGAUGCAUGUAACACAAUUGGGGUGCCUGCCACCUUGCAGGAACUCAGCGGUUCACUGUUGUGACAAUAAUGGUUAUAACAAUAAAAAGAAUGAAAUCACCUUCAUUCCAUUGUUACCCAAAGGUAUCCAUUUUUCUUUGGCAUGAAAAGCAAUCCUUUGACUGUAUUAUGCGCCUGGGUGAUAGAAGAAUCCUAGGUGUGGUUUGUGUGAUACUCGUGGGACUGGACAGUGGCCGAGGUGGCUCUGCUCUGAGACAGAGUGAGUGGAGCUGCCACUGAAGGACACGGGGAAGUUGGGAAUCAACCUUGGAGUCUCAGACCAGCCACUGAGUUUAAUGAUGUAGAGUGGCCCUGGUUCCAGAAAUGGUCGCCCAGAGGAAAGGCUUGAAGAGACAUAGGAGGCUUUGUGUGAGUUCCAGCAUGGCAGCUCCGCGAGGCAGCUGGCUCCGGGCCAGGAAGUGGCAUUCUCCCUUUUCCAGUGAAUGUGACGGGCUGUUUCUGCUGAGCACCCACUGGGUACAGGGCUGCCUGGGUGGGUGCGAUAGUGUUUCGUGGUGUGUAGUGGUGGCAUGGUGCCCACAGGACGGUGAGGCCAGCAGCAGGCGGGCAGGGCAGUCACUGGGGUGGGAUAGGGUUAGCUUUGUUCUAGAACACUGGACGAGGAGCAGAGGUGGAGGCCGCCCUUGGCUUCCCAACGGAGGUCAGUUGGAAGAGCUUGGGAGCGAACAGCAGUUUGUGUGCCAACAGCACAGACACAUCCGUCCUGCUGCCGGCCCAGAGGGGCAGUCCUGGAAUAGCAAGGCGCUCUCCGUCUGAGGUCACCUGUGCCGUCUGUCGAGUGGGGCUUCACUUGGUCUGUGUGGGGUGUCCUUGCUUUGAGCCUGCUGCACCUCAGCCUGGAGGUGAGGGAGCUCUGAGUCUCUGCUGGGAGCCUAGAGACAUUCCAAAGGCUGGGGGGCUGACUACCUGCACCUUGCAUCUGAAUGGAGCUGCUUCUUCAGGAAGCGCUCGUGUUGGCCACGGUAGGGCCCACAAGAGUAUAACUGCCACCAGCCCUGUGGAGAUGAUCUCUGGGCCUUUCUUCCGUUGUAAUAGUUUCUCCCCUUAGUAUAUGUGACACCUGACCAUCCCAGUGUCUGUCUUUCGGCUGACAAUAACCCGUGUCCCCAAGGAUGUUCCUAAAAGUGAAUUGGAAACCUGAGCGCAGCUGGAGGCGGAGAGGGAGUGAGUCCCACCCACCUCCCUCCCUCCAGGUUAGAAGCCAGCUUUUCUAGGCCGGGUGGUAGUGCAGUGGGUUUAAGCACACAUAGCAAGAGUUAGCUCUCCUCGGGUGUCCCCCACACCCACACCCACACUUGAUGCUUCUGAUUCUUUGGUCCUCACUGGAAAGCGUGUGGGGACAUGGGCAGGCUAGGGAUGGCGUGGCACGUUGGGAGUGGGGCAGAGGUGGUCACUUCUAAAGAGUCACAUGAUUGGAUGUUAAGAGCUGAAAGAGACUGGGAGGGAGACUGGAGGAAACUAAACAGGUUGGUCCCUCUCUGUGGCCCUGCUCUGUCCUCCCAAGAUUCUAGAGCAAAGGUGUAUCGGAACAGCCAGUUGUGAGGGCAAGGCACAGCCGACUUCCUGCUUAGAGUCUGAGAAACAUUCCAUAAAAGGGAGUGGUGCAGUGGUGAGUAGCACCUACUUCCAGAGCCAGAAACGCCCAUCCAUGGGUAUAAAAUUUCAGUGAGUUUUCAAAGACCCUUGCAGUUGCUCAGCUUAAAGGCUGGUCUUGUGUGAAGAGGUCGGGCCUCCUGUGGCAGAUGCUGAGCUGUGGUGUGAGGAGAGAAGGUCGGGCCUCCUGUGGCAGAUGCUGAGCUGUGGUGUGAGGAGAGAAGGUCGGGCUCCGAGGGUGGGACACUGGGUAUUCAGCUCUGGUGAGUCUGCUUAGUAGCUUUUUCUUUUGAUUUCUCAGUUGACAUGCUUCUCAAGCAUGCACAGCCCUUUAUCUCAUUCCUCCUUUCAGUCUGCUCUGGUCAGGUAGAGUUGCACCUGAGCCUGGUAGGGACCCUUUGGACUCAGUGUGACACUUUUGUGAAACAUUAUAUGCUUUAAAAUCAAUGUUUUCAUUGCCUCUGCUUUGAAGGUCUAUAAAUAAAUAUUUAAAUUUCAUCUUUUAGAUUAUUAACCUAAAAUGCAAUUUUUUGCCAAGGUAAUUAAAAUAUCAUUAUCUUAUUAAAAACAAUUUCCAAGAUGGUGGUUUUUUUUUUUUUUUUUUUUUAACCAGAGCCCUGCUCAGCUCUGCCUGAUGGUGGUGUAGGGGAUUCAACCUGGGACUUUGGAGCCUCCAGAUGAGAAUCUCUUUGCAGAACCAUUAUGCUGUCUACCCCCACUUCAAGAUGUUUCUGAACCUGUUAAUUGACAUUUUAGUGGCUUUAUAUUAUUUUGAAGAGAGGUACAGUGACGGACUCGUUGUAGGAUUUGUGAUCAGUGGAAUUCAUCUUGUUCCCUUGAACUUCUGUUUUCACUGUUGUCCCUAACACUGGUGGCUGCUGCCACCUUUAGCAGUAGGUCAGUCUGUGCUAUGCUUACCUGCUCCCUGUGUGUGGGGACACUCCCGGGGUUAUUUGUGGCUGGCCCACCGCACUGCUCCCUUCUUAUGGGGAUGUGGUCAUAGCACGGGUGAGUGCUAGAGCCAGGCUGAUGCUUCUCUUCUGGCCUGUGAGAAGUGGGGCUUUUGGCCCCUGUUCUGAAGAGUGCUCACCACUUAGGAUUGUUGCUUCAGGAGGUGCCUGGGGUUGGGUGCUGGCUUGGCCCAGAGGGGAGGGCACGUUCCAAUCAUGCUGACAGGGGCGGUGGCAGCAGGGAGCACAGAACUUUGCCUAUAGCCAUUGUGAGGGUUGGUGCUGAGGAUACAGAGGGGAGAAAGUUGGCUUUUGAGGCCCAUGUGGACUCAUUCUGCUUUGACGGCUGGCUUUCAGCCUGGAGCUCCAGCCACAGGCCUGACUAGGUUCACAUGGGGCUACCGGUUGGCACUUGGUGGCAUCUCUGGCUGUCAGAUGUUAGGGGGUGGGUGUGAAGCAUAGUGUUGGUUGUGAGCUGGAGACUAGGGUGUUGUCAGCAACUAAGUGAGUUCUAGAAGGUAGAAGCAGGCUCCAGUUGGUAACAUCUGGAAGUGUCACUUGAAUAAAAAUGACUGUGAACUGUGGCCUUAGAAAUUACUUUCAUUCCACUCUAAUAUUUCACUGUGAUGUUAAUUUGGAAGAUUUGCUCGAGAUAAGUCUUGACUUUAAGCUCCUCAAAUCUGCUGGGCCCAGCAUUCUUUUGCCAGUUGUACAUCCAAACUCCUCUGUGAAAGCACUUCUACCUACUCAUUUCUUCUUCUGCAGAAGCAUAACUAAAACAUGAAAGUGUUGGUUUAUAGAAAUAUUGCUCAAGGUCUGUAAUUGUAUUUAAAAAUGAUGUCGUAAUCAACUUGUGGAGGGACUUGUUUUGUCAAAAGAAAAGAAUCACUCUGUACACAGCACUUGGAGGUGUAGGGGCUGCUUUCAGCCCCAGCAGGAGGGACCCGCCUGGGAGCUGCCCAUGUCCCCUCAAUGGCUAUGUCACUGCUAGAUGCUGGUUCAGACAUGUCAACUAGGCUGUACCGUGUUUAAGGUCACCUGGAAAAAUCCCUUCUUGUAACACACAUAUUAAGGGGAUAAUACUGCAUUUCCUGCCCGCAAAGUGACGAAUGUCUGAGGGAAGUCCUGAGUAGAGUAGAGUGAGUACUUUCAGACUCAAAACAACUCUGGGGAGUCAGGAACUGAGCUGCUUGAACGUGAGGCCGCGCGAGCAGUGGCUGCGGGAAGUGUCGGGAAAGUGCUUGACAGCUGUGUCCAUUCAGUUACUACAUCUUUCUUUUUCCAAAUGCAUCCUAAUGGAUAUGGAAUAGACCGUAGAUGUCGUAGACUGAGAGUUGGGACUGUGUUGGGACCGUACAGGUGAAUGUGUCACUCUCACAAAUGGCGUCUCCGAGUAAGUACAGCACCGGAGUGUGGAGCCUGCAGCCGGAGUGGGCGUGCUGCCAGGUGCCCAGCACAGCGGCUCUCGGCGGGGGGUUGGCUGAGGAGAGCCGCUGCAGCCUCCCCCGACUGUGUGCUGGGGUCUGUCGGUCGCUGGGAAGGGGCUGGCGGGACCACAGUUGGAGUCUCCUGCGAUCUGUGUUAUGGACUGUAAUAUUGUAAGGUCUGUAUUCUGUAUGUAUCCGAAAGCCUGACCAGGAAAUCGGCCUCCUGUGUGUCUUCCACAUUUAUAAACCCAUGCAAAGUAUGUAUGCAGUGUUUAUUUCUUCAAAACAGACUUUGUUAUUUAGGAAAUAUCUUCAAGUGAAACGUGCUAACUUUUUCUGUAAAUCUUCAAUAAAAGGUGCUGUUCCUUCCUUUGA